CAAAAUCCUUCCAUAUAUAUGUAUAUAGUUGUCAGAAUUGGUUACAAAAGGGAAGAUACCAGCAAUGGCUCCCAAAUCGAAGCUUCAGACCAUAACCUUCAACACACAAACCCUAAACCGUAGCAGCGAUGGCUGGCGAUCAACAUCUGACGCCGUCCGGCUAGCCCUGGAAGACGACGGUUGUUUCGUCGUAGCUACAGAUAAAAUUCCGUCGGAUCUACGUGACGCCAUUUUCGAGCUCUCAAAAGACCUGUUUAAUCUACCAAAUGAAACGAAGAUUAAGAACACUUCUGAAAUCCUUGGAUUCGGAUACGGAAACUACUCAUCCAUGCCUCUUUGGGAGUAUUUCGGAAUUGAAAAUGGUGCGACAAUGGAAGCUACUAGAAGGUUCACCGAUCUCCUCUUCCCUUCUGGCAACAACGCCUUCUGUGAAAGCGCAUUCGAGUACAUGAAACUGUUAUCUGAAAUCGAUCAUUGUGUGAUGAGAAUGGUGUUUGAUAGCUAUGGGGUCGACGCCAAGCAAUGUGACGAUAUGAUAGAAUCCUCAUUGUACUUGGCUAGAUUUAUGAAAUAUCGAGCACCCAUUGAGAAGGAAGUCGAAGUUGGCCUUCCCCCUCACUCGGAUAAAAGUUUCUUGGCUAUUUUAGACGACAAUAAUGUCAAAGGGUUAGAGAUAAAGAUGAGAAACGGAGAGUGGAUCCACCACGAACCCUCACCAUCGACGUUUGUGGUUGUAGCGGGAGAACCCUUCAUGGCAUGGAGCAAUGGGAGGAUCUACGCACCGGUGCACCAAGUGGUGAUGAGAGCGCACCCGAAAGAAGUCGUUAGGUAUUCACUCGGGAUAUUUUCGUUCAUGAGGGCGACAGUGGAGGUGCCUGAUAAACUAGUUGACGAUGAUCAACAUUAUUUGCGGUUUAGGCCUUUUAAUCAUUUGGAUUUCUUGAAGUAUGUGCUUACGGAGGAGGGAAAGGCAUCCAAAUGUUGCGUCGAAUCUUAUUGUGGUGUUAUGGUCGACCCGGUCGCUGACCACUGAUUCGACCGGCCUACCUGUUGUUUUGUGUUGUAUGUAUAAUACAAAUAGAAUAAAAUAAGUCAAUGGGCGUUAAAUAUAUCAUCAAACUUAUUAUUUAAUGUUGUUUAAAAAAUUUCUUCAAUCGUCUAAGUUUUGUCUGUGGUUUGUUAAU